AUUGAACUAGAUGUCGUCCCCGCAGGCCCCAGAAGAUGGGCAGGGCUGUGGCGACCGCGGCGAUCCCCCUGGGGACCUCCGUAGCGUCUUGGUCACGACCGUGCUCAACCUCGAGCCGCUGGACGAGGAUCUCUUCAGAGGAAGGCAUUACUGGGUACCGGCCAAGAGGCUGUUUGGUGGUCAGAUCGUGGGCCAGGCCCUGGUGGCUGCAGCCAAGUCUGUGAGUGAAGACGUCCACGUGCACUCCCUGCACUGCUACUUUGUUCGGGCAGGGGACCCGAAGGUGCCAGUACUGUACCAAGUGGAGCGGACACGAACAGGAUCGAGCUUCUCGGUGCGCUCUGUGAAGGCCGUGCAACAUGGGAAGCCCAUCUUCAUCUGCCAGGCCUCCUUCCAGCAGGCCCAGCCCAGCCCCAUGCAGCACCAGUUCUCCAUGCCCACUGUGCCACCACCAGAAGAGCUGCUUGACUGUGAGACCCUCAUUGACCAGUAUUUAAGGGACCCUAACCUCCAAAGGAGGUACCCAUUGGCGCUCAACCGAAUUGCUGCUCAAGAGGUCCCCAUUGAGAUCAAGCCAGUAAACCCAUCCCCCCUGAGCCAGCUGCAGAGAAUGGAGCCCAAACAGAUGUUCUGGGUGCGAGCCCGGGGCUAUAUUGGCGAGGGCGACAUGAAGAUGCACUGCUGCGUGGCCGCCUAUAUCUCCGACUAUGCCUUCUUGGGCACUGCACUGCUGCCUCACCAGUGGCAGCACAAGGUGCACUUCAUGGUCUCACUGGACCAUUCCAUGUGGUUCCACGCCCCCUUCCGAGCUGACCACUGGAUGCUCUAUGAAUGCGAGAGUCCCUGGGCCGGCUUUGGCAUCUUCAUCUUCAAAAUGAGAGGGUGAGGCCGGGACACCUGCUCUGCUCUAAAUUUCUAGAACGUGCUGGAAAUGUGAUUCACCUUCUCCCAGGGACCCAGUUCUAGUCCCAGAACCAGUUCAGAUUCUUUGUAUUAUAAUAGGCAAAUCAUAUCUUCCAUCUGAGCCUCAGUUUCCUCAUGUAAACAAAGAGGGUUACAUUACAGCAGUGGUAUCCAAACCCGCAGCCCAUCAGACUGCCAUUUGGGGAUGUCUUUUCAAAAUAGAUUCUGAUUCCACCCUCAAGAUUCUGACUCAGUAGGUCUUAGAUAAGGUCCAAGAAACUGUAUUUUUAAGUUCUCUAAGUGAUUCUGAUUAACCUGAUUGGGAUCGGGGCAUUCAGUGGUCCCUAAGGGCCUGCU